UAGAAAUUUUAUUAUUGCUAUAAAGUUUUGAACCGCCAUAGGCUUUUUGCUGCUGUCUACAGCUAGAGGUAUGAAAAGAGGACAAGGGCACCAAGAAGUCAAAAGAGACUGGGCGCGGUGGCUCAUGCUUGUGAUCCCAGCACUUUGGGAGGCCAAGGCCAGUGGAUCACUUGAGGUCAGGGGUUCAAGACCAGCCUGGACAACAUAGUGAAACCCGUCUCUACCAAAAAAUACAAAAAUUAGCUGGGCGUGGUGGCACAGGCCUGUAGUCCCAGGCACUGGGAGGCUGAGGUGGGAGAAUUGCUUGAACCUGGGAGGUGGAGGUUGCAGUGAGAGAUCACACCAAGGCAUUCCAGCCAGGGCAAUAGAGUGAGACCCUGUCUCAAAAAAAAAAAAAAAAAAAGAAGUCAAAAGAACCAUGUAAGCAUUAAGACUGGAUGAGACUCUUCCCCUCACAGAAACAAUUACCUCAUAGCUUCCCUUUUGCAGGGCCAGAGGCUCAGUUCCUUAACUCCAAUUGAACAGUACACUUUCAUUUAUAGAGUAUUUAUGUUAGACCCAAAGAAGAACUUCCUGCAGCAAGCAGUCCUAAAGCUUGAAAUGAAUGGCUGAGGGAAGCUAUGAAAUCUUUUUUCUUGCCGGCCUUUUAAAUAAUAUAUAGUUCUUUAAAAGAUACAUCAAAGACUUUCUUGAUAUAGCCUUGCCCAGGGGCAAGGGGAUGGACCGGUUGACCACUCCCUCCCAACCCUGGGACUCCAAGGAAGCCUGAGAAGUUUUCUCCUUUUAAGGGGUUUCCUCUUUCAUCUAAAGAUGAUUGGUGACAGAAUCAGGUGUUCCCAGGCCACACAGUAGGUAAGUGAAGGUGGCUCCACCUGCUGAAUCAAGGGAGGCUGCCAGGAAGGGAACAGCUUUGAGGUGCCUCAUGGGAGAAGCCUGGGAGGAGGCUUGGGGUUGGCCCGCGGGUGCGUGUGGGAGGAGGGACUCUGUGGGGGCUUUUAGGCAUGCCUGGUCUGACAGGGCCAAGCAGGAAGAGGUAGAAGUUGCCUCUGCUCCAUAGGAAUCCUUCUCUGGAAGCCACACCUGCCAGCUCUUCUUACCUUCUAAAGCUUGCAAGGGAUGAGGCAGGGGCUGGCAGCCAGUCACAUCUCACCACCACCUGGUAUAGGGAGAAACAUUGCAGCAGGAAGACUUUAAGCUAGACCAGAGGGAGAACAGGGUGAGAUGUGGGAGGAGUGACUGGCGUGGGGGACUUCACGGGCUCCCUUUCUUUCAAGGCCUUUAAAAGUGAAGAGGCCUCUCUGCCACAGCAGUGCAGAUGAUGGUCUCUGGGGGCUUUUUGCCAAGUUGCACAGGACACAUAGGCUCUGAGGGCCAUUAGGAAAUGCCCUUUAUGGAACCUGUGCAACUGAGUUUGAGGCUGGAGAGGGGCAGGACCUCAGCAGACGGGGUUGCCUGUAGUCAGGUCCUGAGUGAGGGCCUGGGGAGCUUGGGGAGCGAUCACCUUCCUGUGAGGUGUGCAGUGCCCAUCCAGACCUCAGACCUCCAGGGGUGGGAAUCCUCUUCUUUGGUUCAGCUCCAGGAGGGAUGUUGGGGUGGUGGGAUGAGGGCUUGGGGACCAGCCCUGAAGGGACAAUUGUUUGCUUCUUUUCAGCUCUUGGCUUCUGGGAUCUCCAGGAGACUCUACCUUCUGCUAGGCAUUUGGGUAGAGCAGUCCCUCAAGGGAGGAGGGGCCCUGCACCCUGGCCUAGGAGAACCAAAAGACCAGUCAACCAGCACCCACUGAGAAUUCGGCUGAAUAAAUAUCUGCUGAGUCAAGUCAAACACUGUCUCUGUAGCCAGGGAGGCCACUUAUGUGCAUGGAAACUGAGCCAUGCUCAUCCUGGUUGGAGAGACCGGCCUCUCUCAGCACAUGCUGGUUCCUCCCUCCUCUGAGCAGCCCAAGCCCCUCACACAUAUUUAUCUCAUUCACUGUUCAUGCCAAAUCCAAGUGAUUUGCUUACUGAUCUCUCCUCCCACUAAACUAUGAACUCCCCAAGGGCAUGAUCUGGGACUCCUUCCUGUCCGUAUGAUCAGUCCCUUGCCUAACCCUGGCCCAUGGUAGGAUGCUCAACAACUAUGUGUGAAUGAAUGAAUAAUUAACAACACCAGGUGGGCUGAGCUAAAUGCUUCCUGAGUAGGACAGGCAGGGAUAGAUGUUACAGGGGUUGAAUGGGGGCAGUGGUCACUGGGCUUGGGUUAGGGAAAGCCUCUUGGAAGAGAGAAAUUCGCCUCAUCUUCCCUUUGCCUUGAAUCACUUGAACCUGUUCCCCUGACAUCCUCCAGCAUCCAUCUUUCUAUCCUCCCUCUUAUGUCUUCCACUUUGAUCAUGCACUAGUCCUCCAGCGAUGCGUUGGAGCAGGCUCACUGGCUUGGGAGAGCUGACUGUGUGCAUCUCUUUCCAGUGCUCUUCACAUUGGUAGCUUGAGACUGACUAGGGUGAAAUUUUCAAAUCCUACAAACCAGUGCUUUUUUGCCUGGAAGAGUCCGUUGCUAAACUUUUAUCAGCAUACCCUUGCAAUCCACUCACUCACCUACUUACUGCCUAUCUGUCUCCUUCCUUCCUUACUCUUCCCUUCUCUUUCCUCUCUCCUUCCCAUGUAUCGCCCUUUCUUUCUCUCUUCUUCCAUUCUUUUUAAAAUUCUUUUACCCAUUUCUUCAACUAUCUGUCCAUCCAUCCAUCCACCCAUUUCCUUAUUCAUAUUCAUCUAGCUUUUACUUAUUUCAUUCACCCAUCCAUCUACCCAUCCAUCCAUUCAUCCAUUUGUUCAUCAUCCAACCACCCACUUAUCCAUUAUCUACACAUCUUAUCCAUCUGUUCAUUUAUUUCCCAAUUCACAUUCAUCUAGCUUUAACUUCUUCCAUGCAUCCAUCCAUCCAUCCAUCCAUCCAUCCGUCUGUCCAUCCACCCACCCACAAAUAUUCUCUGAACAUCUACUCUGUGUCAGCCUAUUCCUAAGGUUCAGAAUCUUUCCCCAGAUUUCUGGAAGAUGGGUGCAUGAACUGUAAGAACUAGCGGAGGCCCUCCAGGGUGCCCCAGGCUCAUCCAGCAUUGAUGUUGGACUGUAGCCAAAACCCAAUGACUUUCCUCUUCUGUUUCUUUGUGUCCUCUCUGUUCUUUUCUCCUCACCGCCUGUUCUCUCCAGGUUAGGGAAAUAUUAUUAGGGAAAGGGGGAGGGGCAUGUCCCAAUCCAGCAGGCCAGGACAGGACUUCCCUCUCUCCUUCUCCCUCCAUACCUCAGGCAAGAGCCCAGAGAAAUUGGGCCUGGCAUUUUGAGUAAGUGUCCCCCUCCCCAGAAGGCCCAACGAGCUCUUAGCCAAUUCACCAGUGAGUUCAAACAAGAGGGGGCUCCUUUGGGGCCCACAGACAGAGACCUCAGGCAAGAGGAGAAUCCCCGUCAUGAAGCCAGCACUCCCCACGCCAACACCACCCCACAUACAUCCUCUCAUAAGUGAACUGCUUUGUGAGCUGGGCUUGUCUCUGCCCUUGUUCCCAGGGGCUGUUUUUGCAAAGGAUUAGCUGCUCAGCCUGGUGAGGCAAAGGGGCGGGGGCUUCCUAGCUUGACCUGGAUUGGAGGGGAAGGAAGGGAAACCCACUCCCCUCCACACAGCCCAGAACCUGCCAUGCCAGCCUCACCUACUGUCUGCUCUGCCCUGCCCAGCCUGGCCUUGGAGAGGCACGGCCCUUUCCUUAGGGGUUUGGAGGCUUCCUAGGACCAGGUCAAUGGGUCAGAGCCCAGAAGUGGCUGGGGGGCAUGUCCUACAAGAGCUAAGGGUCCCUGGUGUUCCGCAGGGGCCACGGAGAGGAAGGGGAUGAAGUUUGUUUUUCUCACUUUUCUUCCUGAGGUCUGUAUUUAUAUGAUAGUCAUAUUUGAACAGGUGACUUCUGAGAUUAUCUGAAUCUCACACUUUGCUGACCUCUUUUUGGAGGGCAUUGCUUGUGGCCUGGCCCAGAGAGGAUGGGCAGGUGUUUUCUGAGUCACACAGCAGACCAAGUGUGGAGACAGGUGAGAGUCAAGUGUUUGGGCCCUGAGGACCCAACCACCUGGGCUGGCAUUGCUUGGAUUCCCCUCAUUGUUGUGCCUUGGUCAUUUGAAUCCACGCAGGUAGCAAUAAUCUAAGGUCUAUAUGUAUCUUGUUGGGGCCAUUGGGAUAGGACAGACUCUCAGAAGCCAUCUUCUGAUGAGAUAUUCAGGUGACUCCAUGACCACCCAGCUGAAGAAGGGACUUUGGCUUCUCAAAGGCUUAGGGUUCAAAUCCCAGCUCGGCCACUUGACUUAGGCCAGUGAGUUAUCUUCUUAAAGCCUGUUUUCUCAUCUGUUAAAAAGGGGUAAUUGAACAGGUUUUAGGGAAGCCCGAAUGAGCUCGUAUAUAUGCAAUACCUAGGAAAGUGCCUGGAGGUUGGCAAGUAGGGUUCAAUACUCAGUAGCCAAAUCAAAUGGAACCCAUCCUUCCCCCUUAAGGUGAAAAGCAGCGUUACAGUCCCAGGGUGGACAAUCUUUCCUCUGAAACUCAGGCCUGCAAAUUACAAGGCUAUUUGGCUUGUGUGACCCAGUUAACAGCCCUGUGUCCGGUAGGCCUCUGCAGACACCUCACCUUCUGCCCCAGGGGCCUCUGGGCUCAGUGAAGCCUGCCCACCUGUGAAGACGGAGACUCCCCGCUCCCCGGAUGAGAAGCAAGUGCGUCAGAGGGAAGCAGCCCAACUGGUUGCUGGGUUGUGGAAAAUAAUUAAGCUGGGGGAGAAAAAACACUUCUUUUAAAAAUCAGGUUAGGGAUGAAUGUGCAGGGCGUGGUUCCUGUGCAAUUAUCUGCUCUGCUGGCUGCGGGGCUGCCUGCUUCUCCCGGGCCGCUGUGUCAGGCUUGUGCCUGUUGCUCCUCCCCUCCACUCCUCCCCCUCCUCCUCCUCACAGGUGUGUCUCUAGUCCCCGUGGUUGCCUGCCCCACUCCCUGCCGAGACGCCUGCCAGAAAGGUCACCUAUCCUGAACCCCAGCAAGCCUGAAACAGCUCAGCCAAGCACCCUGCGAUGGAAGCUGCAGAUGCCUCCAGGAGCAACGGGUCGAGCCCAGAAGCCAGGGAUGCCCGGAGCCCGUCGGGCCCCAAUGGCAGCCUGGAGAAUGGCACCAAGGCUGACGGCAAGGAUGCCAAGACCACCAACGGGCACGGCGGGGAGGCAGCUGAGGGCAAGAGCCUGGGCAGCGCCCUGAAGCCAGGGGAAGGUAGGAGCGCCCUGUUCGCGGGCAAUGAGUGGCGGCGACCCAUCAUCCAGUUUGUCGAGUCCGGGGACGACAAGAACUCCAACUACUUCAGCAUGGACUCUAUGGAAGGCAAGAGGUCGCCGUACGCAGGGCUCCAGCUGGGGGCUGCCAAGAAGCCACCCGUUACCUUUGCCGAAAAGGGCGAGCUGCGCAAGUCCAUUUUCUCGGAGUCCCGGAAGCCCACGGUGUCCAUCAUGGAGCCCGGGGAGACCCGGCGGAACAGCUACACCCGGGCCGACACGGGCCUUUUUUCACGGUCCAAGUCCGGCUCCGAGGAGGUGCUGUGCGACUCCUGCAUCGGCAACAAGCAGAAGGCGGUCAAGUCCUGCCUGGUGUGCCAGGCCUCCUUCUGCGAGCUGCAUCUCAAGCCCCACCUGGAAGGCGCCGCCUUCCGAGACCACCAGCUGCUCGAGCCCAUCCGGGACUUUGAGGCCCGCAAGUGUCCCGUGCAUGGCAAGACGAUGGAGCUCUUCUGCCAGACCGACCAGACCUGCAUCUGCUACCUUUGCAUGUUCCAGGAGCACAAGAAUCAUAGCACCGUGACAGUGGAGGAGGCCAAGGCCGAGAAGGAGACGGAGCUGUCACUGCAAAAGGAGCAGCUGCAGCUCAAGAUCAUUGAGAUUGAGGAUGAAGCUGAGAAGUGGCAGAAGGAGAAGGACCGCAUCAAGAGCUUCACCACCAAUGAGAAGGCCAUCCUGGAGCAGAACUUCCGGGACCUGGUGCGGGACCUGGAGAAGCAAAAGGAGGAAGUGAGGGCUGCGCUGGAGCAGCGGGAGCAGGAUGCUGUGGACCAAGUGAAGGUGAUCGUGGAUGCUCUGGAUGAGAGAGCCAAGGUGCUGCAUGAGGACAAGCAGACCCGGGAGCAGCUGCAUAGCAUCAGCGACUCUGUGUUGUUUCUGCAGGAAUUUGGUGCAUUGAUGAGCAAUUACUCUCUCCCCCCACCCCUGCCUACCUAUCAUGUCCUGCUGGAGGGGGAGGGCCUGGGACAGUCACUAGGCAACUUCAAGGACGACCUGCUCAAUGUAUGCAUGCGCCACGUUGAGAAGAUGUGCAAGGCGGACCUGAGCCGUAACUUCAUUGAGAGGAACCACAUGGAGAACGGUGGUGACCAUCGCUAUGUGAACAACUACACGAACAGCUUCGGGGGUGAGUGGAGUGCACCGGACACCAUGAAGAGAUACUCCAUGUACCUGACACCCAAAGGUGGGGUCCGGACAUCAUACCAGCCCUCGUCUCCUGGCCGCUUCACCAAGGAGACCACCCAGAAGAAUUUCAACAAUCUCUAUGGCACCAAAGGUAACUACACCUCCCGGGUCUGGGAGUACUCCUCCAGCAUUCAGAACUCUGACAAUGACCUGCCCGUCGUCCAAGGCAGCUCCUCCUUCUCCCUGAAAGGCUAUCCCUCCCUCAUGCGGAGCCAAAGCCCCAAGGCCCAGCCCCAGACUUGGAAAUCUGGCAAGCAGACUAUGCUGUCUCACUACCGGCCAUUCUACGUCAACAAAGGCAGUGGGAUUGGGUCCAACGAAGCCCCAUGAGCUCCUGGCGGAAGGAACGAGGCGCCACACCCCUGCUCUUCCUUCUGACCCUGCUGCUCUUGCCUUCUAAGCUACUGUGCUUGUCUGGGUGGGAGGGAGCCUGGUCCUGCACCUGCCCUCUGCAGCCCUCUGCCAGCCUCUUGGGGGCAGUUCUGGCCUCUCCGACUUCCCCACUGGCCACACUCCAUUCAGACUCCUUUCCUGCCUUGUGACCUCAGAUGGUCACCAUCAUUCCUGUGCUCAGAGGCCAACCCAUCACAGGGGUGAGAUAGGUGGGGCCUGCCCUAACCCGCCAGCCUCCUCCUCUCAGGCUGGAUCUGGGGGCUAGCAGUGAGUACCCGCAUGGUGUCAGCCUGCCUUUCCCGCCCACGCCCUGCUGUCUCCAGGCCUAUAGACGUUUCUCUCCAAGGCCCCAUCCCCCAAUGUUGUCAGCAGAUGCCUGGACAGCACAGCCACCCAUCUCCCAUUCACAUGGCCCACCUCCUGCUUCCCAGAGGACUGGCCCUACGUGCUCUCUCUGGUCCUACCUAUCAAUGCCCAGCAUGGCAGAACCUGCAGCCCUUGGCCACUGCAGAUGGAAACCUCUCAGUGUCUUGACAUCACCCUACCCAGGCGGUGGGUCUCCACCACAGCCACUUUGAGUCUGUGGUCCCUGGAGGGUGGCUUCUCCUGACUGGCAGGAUGACCUUAGCCAAGAUAUUCCUCUGUUCCCUCUGCUGAGAUAAAGAAUUCCCUUAACAUGAUAUAAUCCACCCAUGCAAAUAGCUACUGGCGCAGCUACCAUUUACCAUUUGCCUACAGAAUUUCAUUCAGUCUAUACUUUGGCAUUCUCUCUGGCGAUGGAGUGUGGCUGGGCUGACCGCAAAAGGUGCCUUACACACUGCCCCCACCCUCAGCCGUUGCCCCAUCAGAGGCUGCCUCCUCCUUCUGAUUACCCCCCAUGUUGCAUAUCAGGGUGCUCAAGGAUUGGAGAGGAGACAAAACCAGGAGCAGCACAGUGGGGACAUCUCCCGUCUCAACAGCCCCAGGCCUAUGGGGGCUCUGGAAGGAUGGGCCAGCUUGCAGGGGUUGGGGAGGGAGACAUCCAGCUUGGGCUUUCCCCUUUGGAAUAAACCAUUGGUCUGUCA